AGAAGAUCGUUGAAUUUGGAAUAAAAGGCCGUUUUCGUUUCCUUUUAUGUUUGUGGUCGCAAGGUAAAGAGAGAGAUCUAUCAACUGCCAAAGAGAAGCUAAAUCUGUGUUGCUCCGACCAUUGAUUUCGUGCAAUCUUUAUCCUGUGGUUGUUGCUUGGGUUCGAAUGGUUUUGCUUCUGCGGAACUUCAUUCUAAAGUUUACAGAAUAGGAGGAGGGAACUAAAAGAUAGAUAGAUAUUCAGCCGGCUGAAGCUGCACAAAGUGCUUGGUGAGUUAUGGUUUUUGAUCGUUGAGGUAUAUUUGUUAAGUUCAUCCUCAUCCCCGAGUACUUGUCACUCUAGGGUUUGAUGAUCGUAACGUCUGUAGGGAGAAUUUUGACCAUGGUGAGAGGCAAAGUUCAGAUGAGGCGAAUCGAGAACACGGCGAGCCGGCAAGUCACCUUCUCAAAGCGCCGGAGCGGGCUGCUAAAGAAAGCUUACGAGCUCUCAGUCCUCUGCGACGCCGAAGUCGGCGUGAUCAUCUUUUCGCAGAAAGGAAGGCUCUACCAGUUCUCGAGCAGUUCCGAAAUCCAAAAUACAAUUGAUCGGUAUCAUAGAUCUUCAAAUGAUGCGGAUACAUACAAGGCUAAUAUGGAACAGUAUAUUCUGCAUUUGAAGCAAGAAACCACGGAUAUGGAGAGGAAGAUUGAGCUUCUUGAAGUUUCUCUACGGAAGCUGUCAGGACAAUGUCUUGGAUCUUGUUCAACCGACGAAAUCCAAAUGAUAGGGGAUCAGCUCGACCUAAGUUUGCGCAGCAUUAGGGCAAGAAAGGCUCAAUUAUUCAACGAUAAGAUACAGCAGUUACAAGAAAAGGAGAGGUCUCUGAAAGAAGAGAAUGCAAAGCUUCUUGCAAAGUGCUAUGCAAAUCCUUGGCAGUCAACAGCUUACCCGAGAGUAGCAGCAAUAGAUAGCCAGAGCAGCCGGAGUGAAGAUGUUGAGACAGGGUUGUCCAUUGGACUGCCGGAAAGUCUGACUCGCCAUCACCCGGCACAAGUCUAGUAAUACCUGUUCAAUAGUGUAUAGUAAGAAUUACUGCAAUAUCACUGAGUUGUAUCUUUAGUGAGCUGGAUUCUCCUUAGCACCAUCACAACAACAUAUACACGGGAUUCGGGGCAGUCAUUUCGAAAAAAUCUGAGUAAGAAUAGCGAAGGCAAAGAAAGAUGGGAUCAGAAAUGAGCAAUGACAAGGACACAUACUCAAGGAAGAAUCAGCGGAGCGAAGGAAAUAACUUGCCCUCGCCUUGGGCUUCACAUUUGAAUCACACGACAGCUGAUUCCAAGAAAGAUACAUAUAUGUUGAGCAUAUUUGCGAACAACUUGCGUGCAUUUCAACAUCAGUGGACCCCUCUUUAAGGUUGGCUAAGCCAAAAGAUGUCAAUCCAUCACCCCUCUAUGAUUUUCUUCAACGUAGGUACAUGCAGACAAAUGGGUCAGGGCAUCUGAACCAUUCUGGAUUCAAAAUUUGUCAUUUUGCAGAAUGACGCUAUCUAGUAGGCUUGUAUUCCAUCCCAAA